AUGCGAGCCCAAUGUGCAUUCCCAGGAUGCCAUAGCGCGAUCAUCGAGAUCACCGAACCGCGCACAGCCCAAUUACCACCCGAUGCACUCGAAUCCUUCCAAUUAAUGCAGAGACCAGAUUCCAAACUCGGCCAGUUCGUGAUCGUGGACGAUGUGUGGGAUUUCGACAACAUCGGAGUCUCAAAGGACCUUCCGAACCAAUCCAAGCCCAUCGAAGUUUCAUUCAACUGGAAUAACAAGCACUAUUCCGUCGAUCGCUGUAUCAAGUACCUGAUAUGCGCCGACUGCGAUCGGGGACCAAUCGGCGUAGUCGUCCACACCAAAGAAAACCAACAAUUGUACAUACUAAGCCUAGAUUCUACGUCCAGUAAAUAG